AUGUCCCUUCUGAUCAGGGAACUUGAUGUGAACCCAGAUGCCUGCUUGAUGGCUCUGCUGGAUGUCCACAAGCUGAUAAAGGCCAUCAUCUGUCCCUCCAGCCCCACCUCCUGUGUUCCUUGCCAUGGCCGUGGAAUCCCCACCUAGCUGAUCAGCAAGGACUUUCAGUUAUCCCUGUGCUUGCCCUUUCCCUUGGCCUGGGCACUCCUCCUGCCGACUCCACUUCUGAGCUCUCACCCAGAGGGCCAUGCACCUUCCCACUCCCACUGCCUUGCCUUCCAUCUCCUGCACCCAGUACAAACCUCCUCCAGUGGCCUCCUGGCCCAUCAGCCCAUUGUGGGCUGGGUGCCCAAAUGCAGGGCUGAGCUCACACACCUGCUGCUUAUGAGCUUCAGUGGCUGCCUGCUGACCUCAGGGGAUCUGAGCUUCUAGGCACACCAGCCAAGGUCCCCUAAGCUGGCCUCAGCACACCUGCCAACCCAUGGCAGACUGUCUUCAGUCACGAGAAGUCUGUGCUUCUGGAACCUGCAGGGCUUGGCAGACAGAGCAUGCUACCUCCUCUGCCCUUCUCCCUCCCUGAACCCACACUGCUCCCCAAUCACCACCUGUGCCCUCCUAAUUCUCAGCCACCCACCAGCCACCCUAACUCCAUCAGCCACCUUCCUAAUUCCUUAGUCUCUAUGCCACCAAGGCCCCCAGGAGGGGAUUGUGCUGUUCACCCUGAUGGCCCUAGGACACAGGAGUAUUCCCUCUGCAUAG